AUGACCACCGAACCUUGCGAAGAGAAGGUAUGGGAAUAAAAUGAUUCGAUCCUUGUAAAACUGAACUGGAUUACUCGUAUAAGGUGGCAACCCAAGUCUCUCGAUUUUUCAACAGCAUACUUGUUUCCAGAUUAUAGUUUUAAUCGUUUACAUCCGAAAAAGCAUAAUUGAUUGAUAUUUAGGACCUCACCAUUACCCUCUCUUCCGAACGCCCGGACACAGAAGUUGACUUGGUACCCGACAACAAAGAUCUUUGCGCAAUAAACAUUCAGACGUUUGUUGACCAGCAGGUAGGCAUUUUCAGAUUCUCCCAUCAAAGUAUUAUUUAUGAUUUAGUGUUUAUUGUGGGACUUAAUAAAAUCAUUUUCGUUGGCUUUUGACCCACGUACUUGUCACACAACAGCUGGCGACAUGUGGAUUUCCAGCAGAGAGGGAGCGAACAGUGUAUAAAAACAGAACAAAAAAGAUAAUUAAUUUUGCAUUCAGGUUGCCUGAGGGCACAUGGAGUUAGCAAAACACGUAAACUAUAGAUAAUAUGUACAAGCACACUCAAUUAAUUUCUUCGGGAAGUCUACUGGAGACGACGUGGAGUCACGGAUUAAGGCCGAAGGAAGACUUAACCACGCACGGAACUCCAAGUCAAGCCCGCAGCGAGAUACGCGUGAAAUUAGGCAGCAAACCGACGACAAAAACUCGACCGUCGAUUUCGACGAUGUCCACCGUGUGAUCAACAGCAAGGUGAAGCGUGCACGGUGACUUGCGCGUGAUUUUUUUUAUAGUGAGUGUAUACUUGCGCGGCGUCUACCGCACUCUCCUCCUCCUCCAACCGGGUCCGGUGUCAAGACACAGUCAAGAAGACCGGAGGCGGGAGAGGCCGUGGGUAGUUUUCACGGCGCAACUCGCACCUAGGCGUACCACUGCACCCCCUGGUCCACAAGGGACACUAACCAGGAUUUUAUACCACAAAAAAGAUAGGGGAGUGACGCGGAUCCCAAUGGGCGCGGCAUGAGCCUGUACGUGUGCGUGCCACCACGCCCCAAUGUUGGCAUUUGUGAUGGGCGUGCAUCUCCCGAUAACGCCUGCUGGAACGUAAUCCGACGCCCUGUUGGUCCAGCGCAUGAAUCGCGCGACCCGUUUUUGGGGCAAACCAGCUCGUACUUCAGCAUCGAGCAUGUGCAGUGCCUUUGUCCACGCGUGCGGCCCAAUCAAUGGUCGGUCGAAUAUUCAACACUUUUGCACCAGGGGGUUCUCGCGCACGCAACGGCAACUCCAUGACCGACGUGCCAUAGUCCAGGAUGUUCUAGAAUGGGCACGCCAUAGGCUGGAAUGUCCCAGAACACUCAGGGCCGCAAGUAAAUAAGCGUUCUUUGCCGAGCUGAAAACCGUGUUCAAAGGCCGUGAGAGCAGAGUUGUCCCAGAACACGCUUUCAUCCUCCUCCAUCAACUGUCGGGCUAUAACAUCAUUUAUGAAGGGUCGGCCAGAGAAAGUCGAUCGACGCCGUGCGCAUACCUAAUUUUGCGCUAGACCUACGACGAGCAAGUAACAAUCAACCGACCGCCCACAUUCCCACAGGGUCGAUUUCGCAGAGCGGUACGUGUGAGCGUCCCCCACGCUGCACCCGAUAGCGUCCCGCACUGGCUGCGACCACAGUGCUCCCGUCAGAUCUGAUUGGUUCACGUCUGCGGGGAGUCGCUCGGCUCUUCUAGAACUUUCUCCUGAAGCAGAUUAGACAGAAAUUGGCCAACCUGGACGAGAUGCUAUAAAUGUACGCAGCUUUUAAAUGACGAUACAUGCGUGUAUUGUCGUGUUUUCGUGGCCGAUUGUUUGCUCUUUCUCUGCCGUGGUGAUGUUGGCGAUAACGGUCGAGUGCGCAUACGCUUCGCGUGAUUUCUGUAACAGGCUGGGUCAUAACACUUACCUGCGACAUAUUUCAGCUCACCGCGUUUAGGGAUUUUUGAAGUUUGUUGAUGGUAAGACAAACUGACAUAAAAAUUUCGUGUCAGUUUCCCAAGCCCGUUCUGUCUCUGUGCUGAAUUAAUAAGGAAAGUCAGGUACACUGAGAUUUAGACCAACUUGCAUAGUCAGUAUGAAAAAUAAUAUUGGCAUUGCUAAGAACACGGUCUAUUGAGUGAAAAAAUGUAAAACAUGGAGAAAGAAUGAAACUGUAUUAAUGUAGCUAACGUCCGAGCAAACAAGGGGUUUUUCAUCGAAACUACUCAAGGUCAUGCUGUGGUGCCGCUUCGCUAAUUAAAGGAUAUAGAGCAGCAUUGCGUCUCCGUGUUGUCUUCCAACCCAGUAGUAAAAUAGCAACGUACAUAUUCGAAACCGAUGAUAUUUUCUCAAUUAUCUUCGACUGCUUUUGUCUUUUAAGCCCCAUUUAGCGAUUGCGAGCAUGUAUAAGAGAGCACCCUAACCCUCAUCUUUCCGCUGCGCCAAAUCCUUGCGCCAUUUUGUUUACUUGGCUCCGUUCUAGGAAUGGCAUCUUCACGAACAUAUUGAAAUCAGCAAACGAUCCGUCGUUCAGGAAUUCUCAAAUUCUUCACAAAGUCACUCCUGCCUUUCAGUGACUUGCCGAGCCGCCAGACGGCCUGGUUACUUCUACUGGAACGUGUUCUUAAUUAUGGUGAGUUAAAGCACAGUUUUCAGACUACUCGUUCUUGCUGUUUACGUGACCUUGGGAAUAGGCAGUCGGAAAGACCACACUGACGAAGGUACCGCAAACAAAUGAUAAACCUAGCGCACAAGUUGAUUAGCAGCAAUUUAACCUGAUAAAUGACAAGUGACUUCCUCGUCAGUAUAUUUCAGUGUAGUCUAGGCAUCCAACACCUACACUUAUUUUACGCGAAGUCGACAUAACUCUUCCACACCCAACAAUCAUUUUCAGCCUCGGCAACUGUUAACUUCCACUCAAAAGCUCUGAACGUACGGCUUUUACAUUAAAUGUCGAUUCUCGUUGAUGAGGGGGAAUUAGUAGUUUUCGAGACUGUGCAGAGAACCGAAUUGGUUAAGUAUGUGUUUACGAAUGUCGCUUAAACAAAUCUCAAACGGAUUUGCAAAACUAAUCCAACGAGAAAUCGAGUUUCUUUUAUUAGUGUCCAAACUUCCACGCCAAUUUUGUUUCACGCUUGUUUUUAAGCAGUCAUCAAUGUCUCAUUUUAAUCAUAUCAAACAGGUUUUCCCGAAAAAGUUGUUCUAGUUACUUUCGAAAACGCUUUUGAAGGUCAAAGUUAUAGUAGGGGGUGCUCACCGAUCGUUCUUACGGAACUCACUCGUGCCGUUGUUCCUUAUGGACUCUCUCUCGAGCCCAACCGGCAGCCCCACAGCGGCCCAUGAUAUAGGCAGAAUGAUAUUACCGUCAAAGUUAUACUUCCCUGUAAAGGUAUCUUUAUCUGGUCAAACUGUGUGCUCAUAAACUUUGAAGUCAACUCGACAAAUGUAAAUUUUUGGUUUUUCCUCAUCAGGCCUUGCAAUAAUAUAAACUAGAGUGAGUAGCAAGAUAAAAACAGCCAAUGAACCGUAGUCAGGUGGAGAGGACUGAGAGAGUUCAGACAUGUCAGAAUCAAGGGAAUAAUUACGACGCAGCACGGAAGAUGGGAAUGGGGUGGGGAAAGGAGGGGAAUCUGCCUGUGCAUAAUGUUCAUAUUCCGUCGCUACAACGACGUGGUGGGAUGCGGGUGCGAACAUGUAGGGCUUGACUUGGGCCAGGUAAACUUGAGGGGUUUAACCAACGCCUUCUUCGGGCACACGGUUGAGUUGAUUGGUCGUAUGGUCACCGCGUCUGCCGUCGUAAGCAUCCGUUAGUGCAGGAACCUAGAGCGUCCGGCCGGUACUUUAUAGAUUACUUGGAAUGUCUGGUGGACAUUGAGCCAAUGACCACUGUCAACCAAGUGACCCAUAGUUGCACUAGAAAUGUUCUGGCAUUUUGAUUUAGACAGGCAGGAUGGUGCCCUCACAUGCCAUAAACUAUAAACAACGUAUAGGAUAGCAUUGCCGAUAGAGAAAAGGGGACUGCAAUGACCAAUUCUGGCUUGCUGGCUGUCAUCAGCCAGCGGGUUGGAGUUAGGGCCCAAAAUCACAGAAGAAUGAGUGAGUUCCGUAAAGCGAUCAGUGCGCGCCCCUCUACCAAACCUAAGCGUCUCCAUGAUGAGCCCUAUGCGCAGACGUUUUGGCUUUCAGGGUUGUACUCCUAGUCACUUGUUUGAGCAUGAGUAACAAGGAGGCAUACGAUUUAGUCGUUUCGAUGUGGUUAUAGCGUACAAAAACUCACUGGUAAAUGACCAAUAUCCAAUCCUUAAUUAAUUAAUUACUAAACUCGGGAGGUUGCUGGCUAAGCAGUCAAACGACCGCUGGACCCUGAAAUUCUAACGUUCAGUACAUCAGUUAAACCAUCUGUCAAAAGAUGAGUCCAACGAAUUUUAUCCUGAAAUGAACACGUCCCCGCAAAGCAGAGCGAGCUCCUUUCAGUACUUAUAGCUAACCAUGUACCUCCGUUAGUCCACAUGCUAAGCAAUCGUCUACUGUACCAGCCCACAUUACUAAUAUUCUGUCGCUUUCAGUUCUUCAUUACGGGACUCUCGUUUCCGACGUUUGCAGUGUCGGCGGAACGGCCGGAAAAUCGUCUGCAACUCUCCUUCACCCUCUUUCUAACCUCCGUUGCCUUCAAGUUUGUAAUCAACCAGUCCCUACCCAAAAUUUCCUACCUAACUUUUAUGGUAUGUCCAUUUUAUCUUCAAUAUGCCCAUUUGUUGUCUACUGCAUAUAAUACAAUAGAACCCCAAACACACUUUCCGAGAAUAACAUCAGCACCUAAGACCCUAAAAAUUCACGUGUUCGCGAACGUUCGAGGAGUUAACUGAGAUAUGUCGUCAGACGAUAAUCAGCAAGACAAGCGCGAAGGACAUUUGGAGGGGAUAUUACUAUAGGUGACACCCAAAACAGUACCGCUAGAGGGAGACAAGCUGACAGGCUUGUGAACCAGGGUUGUUUCAGAAGGAAGGAGGCCACCUAUGGAAAUUCGUCUCCCUCUUACAUCAAGGUCGACUUAGUGGCCAGUCGGGUGCAGUUUUAAACACUAAGACUAGAUGAAUCUCGAGUGCAGUGAAACGGAGAAGCACAAACUACAACAAGGUUCAGAACUGGUCAGUAUCCCCAACGACAGGCCGAAGAUGAGAUUCUGUGUUCGAUUUCGGACCCGCCGAGAUGUGAAUCAUGGGACACCAAGCAGGAGUGAGAUUUGUACUCUUUUUAUUACGGCAGUGCACGCGCAAUGGAUAACACACAGUCAGAUUGACUGAAUCAAACCGCCAAACCGCAGAGCUUGCUUCGAGUGCUCUGCCUCUGUUUUGCCACCACUGCGCAUAUCGGCUUUGCAAAUCUCCCGAUGUUCUGUUCUUUUUGACUGGAUAGGGAACCUAGUACAAGCUGAUUGAUUGUUCUGCCGGGACAGCAAGGCGAAUCUGAUAAAUGCAGACGUCCAACAGUUGUCUUAUAAUAUUUCAGGUAUUUGCCAUGGUACGCAUGUGAGAAGAGCAACAACAUCUUUUAUCAAGACAGGCUCACAAGGCUAAAAAUUCCUCAAAUCUUCCUUCGACCUGCAAUCACUGCAUAAGCAGGGUUACAAUAGUCGGGGACAGAUAAAUAAUACACGGUUGGAAGGUUUGCCAAUAAAAGCCAGGGUGUCCUAAAUGUUCAUCACGAACUUAUUUACGUUUUUAACUAGACAAUAAGAACCAGGCAGAUGAGACGUGGAUUUAACAUAAGGCUCUACCGUUUUUCGUUUAACGCUCUAUUGCUGACAAGCAACCCACAUCUGAUCGGUUGUAAUUUAGAAAUGGACAAUGAAACGCUGGAUUUCGGCACACGGUUAUCCCACUGGCUUCAGAUGUUUUCCAAUUUUAAUGUGACUGAGCUUAUUUUUUCAGCAAAAAACUAAAGUAUCUUCUCAUAGGUACGGCCAAUUGUGUCUACCCAAAAUUUUAAGAGAAAUCGUUCCUGAGCAAUCUCAGGAAUCGUAGUCACAAGUUUGGCCUCCAAGGGAGCUUUAUGGCCUCAUUGCACAGUUUGUUUAGCAGUAGCUCAGGCAGUCACUUUAAGCUGCAGACGCUUAAGUCCUUGUGCCCGAUGAAAAUUUAUCGAAAGCACGCGUAUGCUUGCCAAAUGCUCUUCUGAAAUCCUAUCAUGUUCCACUUUUAGGACAAAUACGUGCUCAUGUCGCUGGGGGUGCUUUGCGUUGUCAGUGUGUGGCACGCGGCAGUCACUCUCGUUCCAGCCUAUUCCCUUCCGGAUCAGAGCCUGAAAAACCCCACAAACACAGGCCUUUUAAUGGACGAAUGGAAUUAUUUACCGCUUUUUCAGUCAUGUUUACCGCAAGGGUGGAAUUUUCAAGAAUGGCUGGGUUUACUUGAGAGUCUACAACUAUUCAACUCUUCCAAGCCCAAGUUACCUUUCACGGGUAGUCCCAACGUAAGUUUUUACUAACUUACCUAUUUGUUUGACAAGUCACCCACCUCUCUAUCACCUGUGAUUUGUCAUCUGUACGAUCAGUGGAUACGACCUGUAGGUGGGACGAAAAUUCCAACUCCGUUCAUUAAAAAUUGAAGGAAGACACAGAUGGAUUAGCCAAUCUUUGCCCUGCUUGGACGCCCCUUAGAAAACUCACUGUACUAACCUAGUAAGCACUUCGAUAUCACUACAAAAUUACAUUGCUUAUCGGUAUCGGUGUCAGAGAUGUUUACCAUUGUGAAGUUCCGAGGCAUAUUUUUCCUAGUCUAUAAAUGAGUAAUCGAAAUUCUGGCCGCUAAUACUGACAUCUGGGGCAAAGCAACGUAGAGCGUAACUUGCAAAUGAGUGCCUAAUUACCGGAUUAGUACGCGUAGCUAACCCAAUUUGUCCUUGACUAGUGUGCGACUAAGCGCAGAAAAAGCUGCUCUCCCAUGCUAUUCUUUUGCAAGCCGAACACUUAGGUUGCUGGACAGCUUCAUUGUGCUUGGGAUGCAUCGUAAAGCGCACAGAUAGUCUACCGGCCGCUACACACGCAAGAUGAUAUCACACAGUUGGCAUCCGGAUAUAGAAGUCAGUUAGGAACGUCCUAAGCAGGAGGCGUGAUAUGAAGAAAAUACUGAAAAUGAUAGCAGACAGCUUAAUUAACACAAAGACGAAAAGACCUUAUAUUGCGGAAUGCUACCAUCGGCAAACAUUUCCAGUAAAGUCUUGCAGAGUCACCUGAUAACAACAACCACCUUCAGCGUGUUUAGAUUUUGCGAACGCAUGCAGUCGCUCUCAUCGGGACAACUAGGGUGAUUAUAGAAUUAUUGAACGAGUCUUUGAAUAUGACGACUGUAGCAAGGAUACGCUGCUCCUUACCCCACUUAAUUCACUACUGGCAUUGUACGCUGGUUUAUUUUGAGUUUUAAAAAUGCACGCCACUACUCUUUUAAAGGGUUUCACAAGGCAUAUUUAUCGGCAAGGCCUUCGUGUCCCUCUACUCUGAUUACGCCUUCCUGAAAUGUAGUGAUGAUUCCCGGUUUUCACAUUGACCGAACAGUGAAAAACUCAGCUCCUCGGUGGAAUUCAAACCCACGCAGUAAGGGGAAAGCUUUGGUACAGCCAACGCUCUAACCACUUGAGCUUCGAGGCCCUGGUGUAUUUAUCGUCGUCAAUUAAUUAUACGCCAACCCAAGGCCCUGACGGCCUCAGAUCUAAAUCAGGAUUCGAUCUGACAGAAGGAGCUUGCAUAACAGAAUGUUGUGUCCCGUCUUCCAAUCAGAUCAUGAAAAACUCGAGGAGACUAAAUGCAGUUGCGAACGCCUUUUAAAAUAGUUACGGGCAUUUUACUUCUUUUUGGAAUUUGACUGAUUUGGGUGCUUGUAAGGUAUGCAGCAAUGAACUUUUACACAGCCUAACGUGCAUAUUAUUAUAAUGUAAUAAGCAGUAGAUAAAAAUCUUGGCCGUUAGCUGACAUGCAUUACACCACCAUGGAACUCUGAAAUACGGAGUUUUUAUUGCUUAAUUUACGUCAUCUUUAUGACGGCUGUUCAGUAGAACUGCAUCGUUAAUAAUCGUUAGCACUCUUCGGAGUAAACAGCCUACAGAUAUUUUACGAUGUAUUGGCCUAGGCAUUGGGUAUAUCCUGACCACAACAAUUGCAGGACCCGCCGUGUUCAAGAGAAGUGGUGAUAACAAUAGGGGGGGUUGAUUCUGCGUAGGAGCUUUGGUUACUAACUCGGCUGGUCCGAAUGGCCUGUGAGAGCAUGACGCAUCCUACAAACUAAGCCUUGCGUGAGUGAUCAAGCCUAAAAUAACACAUGAAUGUACCAGACUUUUAUUUUGACCUAACUGUGAAAAACACGACGACCUCGGUGGGAUUCGAACCGGUAAACGAAGGGUUUGGGUACAGCUGAGGCCCCAGCCACCUGAGCUAGGGGGUCCCACUGGCAGCCGUGAGUUUAAUCACAGUUGGGUCAAGUUACCAGCCCAGCCUACUGCACCACGUGGAAUCCACCAAAUCUGAUACAGUAGGCUGACUGUUAGCAUUAGCAGCCUGAAGGAUGUGCAGGCGCCCAGCAUUAGGUGGUUUGCGGGUAUGGCCACAUUUGUACGGAUUGUUCGCCAUUGAUCAGGCAGAGUGGGGACAUGCCACAGGCCGGGUGUAGGCAUGCCCGCCCACCCGAAGAGGCAGUCAUGUGAGCCAGGCUUUGACAUGGUUACUAGAGGUGGGUGGCUGAUGAGCGCCAAAGGCGCAUAAAAAGAAAUCUCUCGACAAGGAUUAAGUAUAUGUGCGUGGUAACGAAAACUGUAAAGAACCACUUAUCAUAUUUUUCUGAGCUGGUGUUUUUCGGUAGAGUUUUUGGUCGGCCCUCCGUCAACAGGAUGAAAUUUGCCGACUUGCGUGGCCCCGAGAAAUCGGUGUUGCUGAAAUAUUCACAUUGACUCACUGUUCUACACUUCCCACACACAAUACUUUAAUAAAAUGGUAAAAAAGUAUUUUCAGAUGGAUUCCAGUCAGGCAUUUUGACGACUCCUGCACCGGCAGGAUGACUUUCGAUGACCCACACCGUCCCGAGGACGCGAUGAUUCAAAAAUGUCUACAUAGAUUGAUCGUUCUACACCCUCCACACGUACUUCUUUAGUCAAAAGCAAAAUAAAGUGCCUUCGGUCGAAAUCCAGUCAGGUACUUCGGCGGCUAUAACCGAGAGAGUAUGAAAUUCUUUGACCUAAACCGCGCCUGGGAAAUAGUGCAGCAACUGUGAUUACAUGGACUUAUUGCCCCGCCUUUUCCACGCCCUUUCCUUGUCCGCAGUUGGGGGACUGUAAGAGGCACACUUAUCGCCGUCAUGUCCGAGUACCCAACGGAAGACAUCAUGGCAUGAUCUCCUCAAUAUCCUCUGUGAGUUACAGUGUCGUUCCCCCACCCUCAACGUAUCCCAAACAGAGUAAUCAGAAUUACUUUAUGUGAAACAGAUUGCCUACACGGUGAGUAAUUCAGUUGGGGUAAUGACAAUUCACGAAAUAUACUUUCGCAAUAUGGUGCAGAAAGGUUUCCUAUGCAUUCCUCAGGCCUGCGUUGUACAAUCCAAACUACAGACGGUACUGCACUUCGUCCACGUGCGUCCAUACCGCUCGGCCGGACACGAGGCCUCCUUCACCUAGUUUUCUUUUAAGGUGACUCCAGUUUGCUCCAAUAGAAUUUGCAUGUCGGCCGGUAGUAGGGUUAACAAAGCUGGUAAAAUGGCUGACCGUGUAGGGCUUGUAUUCGUUUGUCCGGAUGUGAGUAUGCGCUUUUUACCCAUCCGUUACCAUCAUGUUACCUUUGACGACCCAUUUUUGUUAUUACAGGUCUUGGUGCCUGCCAGCUUCUGUUGGUAACUUGUUCAAAGACAACUUUCUUUUGCUUAGUAUCAUACAUUCCAAGCAGUCACAACUGCCUUCCCAGCCGGCUGACGUUGUACUUCCGGUGACUUACCGUCGUUUCUUCUAUUUACACCUCCAUAACCGGGCAAUUUAAUCGUCCAGUUAGUUUUUCGAGUGUCUUUGAACACACAUUUUCACAUAUCGAGUGCUAUUCCACUGCCGUUGGCUGCGAUACUCUCACUUCAUCAAAGGAAUCAUUCACUCUUCUACAUCUUAUAAAUGCGGGACAGAUUCACAGUUGUUUUAUUGUUAAUCGGCUGUUUUUUAAUACUGAACCUGUGCGUAGGGCUUUCCUCGAGCCACAGCAGUUACAUCUGAAGUGGAAACCAUCCGUGUGCCGCUCACUGGUUUGCUACGGCAUACGCCUUCCGCAUUUGCACGUUAGGAUUGUGGGCAGUAGUCCUGUGCCUUGCAAUACUGUACCAGUUUAUUGAGACUGAUUUCAUGCAUAAUUUCAUCUGCUUCGGUUGGUAAAUCAUGGUGUGAUUGACUGGCUUCCGGGUUCGAUUGUACUGCUUGCCUAUAAGAUGCAAUAAAUCAUAUAUAGGUCGCUCCCUACUUUUUGUCGCUUUCAUAAAAAUCUUUACCACGAGUACAGAUAUAUACGUGUAUUUCUUAAUCACCAUUACCAUUCUUUUAUUUACACAUACCUCAUUCUGCUUUAUAGCAGACAAAAGGAAAUCUGCGUAUUACUAGUAAGUCGCGAACAACUUUCAAAACUCAAUUUAAGAAACGUUCGACACGAAGAGCGGUCAGAUAGUAAAAAAUUCUCGAAAUAUUGGUAGACGGGAUGCAUAUGUCUGCCAGUAAAGCAGGAGUGCUAAAACGCUGGUGAAUUUAUCAAGCCACAGAACUAGCAUUUUUAUGAUAAUCUUACGUCGGUUUUCUUCAUUCUCGCCUCAUGCCUUGCAUUUACUUAUUUCCUCGUACGCUGAUGGGCUCGUCGUUACUUCCCACGACCUGCGCGAAUAAACGUCAUCUGGCACUCAUAGCUCUUUACCCCUAUUGGCCACGAAAUACCUUGGACUCUGACCCAUGUAAAUUAGCCGGCGGCAGUUUAUUCAAUUUCCUCAACUUUUCCGAUUAAUAUUUUUUAAAUUUCUCUUGAAUGUUGCGGCUGAUUUCCGUUUGCUGUUGUACCGCAGACAAAGCUUCACGUCGGUUUUUGAUUUUUUUCAAUUACACCCCUCGCCUCCACACUGCCCGUUGUGAGUUCCCACCCGCAUAACCCCUACUACCACCAUUCCGAAAGACACGGCCCACCGGUUAUUUUCGGACGCCGCGCAUAUACUUUAUCCCUGCCAAUCGCUUUGCCAAAUCCCAAGGGUAUAAUUUUGAUUUUUAUUCAAUCAGCUUCUUAUCCCGAGGCGAGCUAUUCCAAAGUGGAUGGACGACUCACUCACCGAUGCUCUACGCUUCAAACCAACCUCUACGAAUGAAACCAAUGAGGGGCGGGGUAAAUUGACUAGUUGGUUUUUGAAAUCGUCUUUCUAGAACUGACGAUUCUUCAGCGGGCAAUACAUCUAGCACUUCAACGUCGGCUGCUUGAAAGGCAGAAACAAGUCGAUCUCAUAAGGGCUGAAAUGAAGGAGCUGGAAGAUCAAAGAACCAAUCUGCUCAAUCGCGUCGAACGCGGUGUCUUCAUUGCCUUCUGCAUUUUCUACUUUGUUGCACACAUUGUCUUCAUAUGCUGGGUUUAUUUUGGCGUAAGUGAAUUGUUCAAACUGCACCGUUUUCUUCAAGGGUAAGCGAUCCGAUAAUUUAAGCCACAUAUCCUAAUUUAAAAAAUCAGAUAUACUAGGCAUAUCCAAAGGUCUUUGUAAUGAUCACUGCGAACGUCUGAAAGCACAGAUACUCAGGUGUAUGUGAUUUGCAUAGGCCUAGGAUUUCGGCUGUGACGUAUAAGACUUUCGAAAAUGCACAAAUGGAAUAACGCAAGGAAAUUAUUCUAUACGGGAAGCUGGAAUGCCUUUUCAGUGGGUGGACACUCAGCAGUUGGUUAGAUGGAGGAUGAGAAAUUCUGUUAAAAGAGGACUGAGGGCUCAAAACUUGAGCUCAGGUUAGCAAAAGUAAGAGAACCGGGUCGAUAAUCUGAGGAAAAUGAUGUGUUCACCGGAUCGAGCACUCUUUUGCUUGUAACUGUCGCUUGUAAUAGUGUCAGCUUAGGGGGCAAGAGUCAGCGGUCCUGACGAGGGGUACGAAUAAACUCUAAUAGACGACCGGCAAUACAUACAUGGCAUGGAUGAAAUUUUAUAGGAUAAAAAAUGAUGUGGCUUGACAUAUUGUUCUUACUACCCUUAACCGAAAAGGACGAUUUGGACCGUUUAGUUUCCAGCCGGCUUGAUUACUUAAGGGCUGUGCUUUUUUUCUCUUCGGGGAUGAAACACAACAGAAACAGCAGUUUAAAUUUGGAAACCGACCAAAAAAGCUGCCUCCUGCUACUGAUUUCGGCGGCAUUGAACUCGGCAACAGUGCCCACAGUGGGACUUCUCUGUAGCCCGAAGUUUUCAUGAGCGCUGCUGUGCUAUCAUCAAAGUGUGUGAAGAGCUCAGCGCAGUUGUUGGUUUACUGAUGACCAGGUUCCUAUUCCUCAAUAAUCUCUGGUGUAAACAUCCUCCAACUGUCUCUGUACUCGCUUAUGCUUAGCGCAGUUUGUUCACUUUGCUGCUGUUUGAGCACUUCUGUUUGGUGUUGAACGUGCGACUGGAAACAUUUUGCGAAGUCACUAUUUUUCCUCUAAUGUCACGGCUGAUGUUUUACUUAUUAGAUGGUUGUUCAGUAUCAUCCAGCCCUACUCCAGAGUGUGUAAUAUUGUGAAAACGCUGUCAUUCUGUUGUAAUGCAGUCAAUGUUCAUAAUAGGAUAGUUUUCCCUGAAAAUGACCUAACUAUGUACGCGAGCGUAGUUUUGGUAAGGGGAUAUUUCAUCUUAUUUUGAGCGCUAAUUAGUAACAUUUGAUAACUGAACCAUAUGCGAACUGACUGGCUUUUAAAUAUUCUGUGUAAAAUUCCGACCACGGACUUAUUUAGAGUGUUCAAUGCUAGACUCGACUUAAGAAAAUGGAAGUAUACAUUCUUUUAGAAAAUGAAACUCCAAAUAAACAACCUGUUCUCUCUGAGCACACUGUGCUAACUGUAAGGUGUUUUAAAUUUUACUUAUAUAAUCGAAUCUAUUCCAUUUUUUCUCACACAUUAAUGAAUUAGCAGUCGAUUGUGUGGCAUAUUUAAAACGCGCCGUUUGCGUUUAUGCGGAAGGGGACCGGUGGUUAGGAAUGAGCAUGACAAUUCAGGAAUGGGUAAACUUUUCUGAAAACCGAAAGAUGCACUUUCUUUAAGUAAGAGAAUUGAGGAGGAAAUUAAAUACGACAGGAACAUAAGAUAGAGUGCUAUUGUAUGUGCUUCCUCAAAUAUGGAUAAACUUACGAAGGCGUCAGAAAUCAUUGGAAAAGUGCAUAUUAAUUAGGUCGUUACUUUUAAACGAAUACGACCUUUUCAGGUGGUCGAGAAGAGACUCAUUCAAUAGCCAGCAUCCUUAUAUAUCAAUAGGUAGAGGGACGCUCACCGAUCGUUUCUACAGAACUCACUCGUCCCGUUGUGUCUUACGGGAUCUCUCUCGAGCCCAACCAGCAACCGCACAGCGGCACAUGAUAUAGGCAGUACGUUAUUACCGACAAAGACAAGGGAGACUGGAAUGGCCAUUUCUGGCUUAUUAGCCGUCGUCAGCCAGCCAUACCCAAGCCCGAAGUGUGGAACACCCGAGCCUCGAACUCGCGAUCUGUUGGUUUAGAAGUCAACGCAUCUACUCACCGGGCCACGAGCUCGUUGCCCUGUCUGUUUUCGAUCGGGAAUAUACAAUGUUAUGGGGCGUUCACCGAUCUUUCAUACGGAACUCACUGAUUAAUUUCUGAAAUUAUUCACCUGAUUAUUCUCUGGAGUUCAUAUACCGGAAACCGCUAGAGAACGCUGGGGGCCCACUGAAGAGCCGAACAUCUCGCAGCUGUGUCACGCAGCGGCAGAAUAUCGGCGAAACACGUGUCUGGGCUUUUAGCAAGUAUCUAGGUCGGGAGUACGGUAUAAUACCUUUACCAUAUGGAAUUCAUACUACUCGUAGUACUACUUGUUUGUAGAAUGGGCAUUACGUGGUUAUUCCACAGUAGUUGAUUGUCUUCGACUCAAAUGUUCAUUGAAAUUUCGGUUCUGACUGUAAAAAGUCAUGUCCCGGAGAUUUAACUCCAAGUUCUGCACUGAUUAAUUUCUGAAAUUAUUCACCUGAUAUAUAUAUAUAUUAUAUGAGAUGGUACCGACAAAGACAUGGGAGACUGGGAUGGCCGUUUCUGGCUUGUUAGCCGUCAUCAGCCGGCCAUAUUCAACCCAAGUGUGGGUCACUUGAGAUUCAGACCCAGGAUCUUUGGUCAUGGAGUUUGAUGCUCUACCAUUGAGCCACGUGUUCGUUGUCCUGUCGACUGUGAUAAGGAAUAUUAAUUAUGACAGUCUGGCGCUCACCGAUCAGGUAACGAGGGUCCUAGUAUGGGCCCCAACGCACAACGGGACGAGUACGUUCCGCAACCUAAUCGGUGAGGGCCCAUCUGUUAUAAUAUAUGCAUAUGUCAAGUUGGUGUGUGACCAUCACUGUUGUAGCUAGGACCUCACCCGAUCUGGUUCCACUUUACAUUCAUCUUUUAAAAUCGAUAAGGGGAAUUCCGGGGUUAUUUUAAAGAGGAUACCGGUCGUAAAGGAGUUGAUUUCAGUGCCGCGUUUUUACUCAAAACCUUUUUGAGUUAGACUUACUUUUCCUGUUGGAGACUGUAGUGACGUCCCACUUCACAGUAUUUAACAACCUUUCCGGUCACACAGAUAAGUUGCUGGUCAGAGGUCGUCCAUCCGUAGUCGCAUAGAGGCCGGUAUUCUCACGUAGGCUGUGUGGUACAUAGGCUACAGCAGCAGCUGCCUACCUCUUUGAUGAGCUUUUGUCUCGUUCGUAAUGUUGGUCGCAUUUUCACCUCAAGACCAGAAGACCAUAUAGACAUUCAGAAUUGUACCGGUGAAUUUUCGAGCUGUUAACAAUAAUUACUGAUCAGAAGGAAUUGCUGAGAGAAAUGAGAUAACUAUCUGGAACAUUCUGAGAAACUUUCCUAUCUCGGAUACAUUCAACUGACACCUUUGUCUUUUUUUAUAUUUCGCGUAGGCAGGCAAACGACGAAGAGAAAUGAUCGAGCGCGACAAGCAGUACAGAGUAAGUCUCCAAUGACGAAAUAAAACCUCAGAUGGUGCAAUUUAUGCCAUUUGCGUUUGACCUUCCAUGAAGGUUUUAACCGACCACCAUCAGUUUUAUUCUACAUAGUCCCUCAGGAAGAGCAUGUCUAAUUGACAAGUCAUCAGCUGAAGUGGUUGUCCACGGGAUGUGAUUAAGGCCGCUUAAAUUUCGAAAAUUUGGGUCGGGUGUCAAAAAUUACCUGAAUGGUUUUCAAAUUAAUUUACAACUUCUAUAGGAACUUGUCUAUAAUGGAUGUUCCAUUGGUCAUUGAGAAGAGACAUUCCAAAACAUAACACGUUGUUUUGGUGUGAAAAUAAAUGCGAACGGAUUUGAAAUAAAGGCUAAGUAUAACUGUCAUAUUGCCAGGACUUAUAUCCUGCUCUCAUUGGAAACAGUGAACGAUUGCGUAAAUAAUCUGUCUUCGGGGAAUAAAAAUCGGUUCUCAGCGUGAAUCCCAGAGAACAUAUUUGCUGUGACAAAGUUACCUUUAAGUUGACUAAUGUCGUAACUAUUUCGUCCAGGUUAAACCAAUUAACCAAAACACUUUUAGAAUUGCCGGACAGAAUGUUAAAUGGCAUUUAAUCUGAUAGUUUCAGACGGCCGCCCAUACACGCCCCCCACCACGAGGACGGUUGAAAUGAGCAAUACGAAAAAGCACAGCAUUAGGACUGAAGUGGAAGUGCCCAAAUUUAUGCAUAAAGUAGUUUCAGUGACCUUCCAUGUUUCACUGUUAAACCUACCUUUUUCCCUGCCUUCGCCAGCAGCUUGACUUUCCAGUAUUGUCACUAGACUUACGAGGCAGCCCAGGAAUCAGCCACUGUUUCAAAAGCAUUGUUGUGAAAUAGACCAAUUAAUCGAUGUGCAUAAAAUGAAAUUUUUCCUUAAAGUACAUCCGUGUAGUUGAAUCCCAAUUUCCUGGGUUGAUUUUCGACUUAAAUUGGGUCUCCGUAGACGAAGACUGGAGUCUUCGGAGCCUGUUAUCCGCGAUUAAUAUGCCUAGGGAGAAACUGCAGCGACCAAGACAAAGUCUCGUUUUACAGGAUGAGAAGUGGCAAGGAACCAGUAGGCGUUUAUUCUGUAGGGAAGUCUGAUGGUAGUUUGAACCCCGAUGCGAGGCCGGACAUGGGCCCACGAGCACGUCCAUGCACCAGGGUCAUGCGGGCACGCUUCUUUCGCUUGAGGAACACACUCAGUGGUAGCAUAAAUAAAAUGUCAGCAUUGUAGCAUGCACAGAAAAUGUUUUAGCAGGUCGGCAGCAUGCUCCUCAACCGUAAUCUGUCCAUGACACCCAUACCAGCAGAAGUCUCUGCGUAACAUAUAAACUUACUUAUUUGAAGAGUAAAAUGGCUGCGGAACACGUGAGCACAAUGAAACUAAGAUAGUGUAGCCACAACUGAAGACUAAAUUCACCCGUCUUAUGGAUGGUCGAAGGGUCAAUUAACAACGGCACACAACAAGAUCCGAUGCAUAGCAUACGUUCUGGCCUUAGGCUCCCCUAAGACAAAAGUACUAUAAUUUUCCAACCGAGCACGAGGAAAGGAGGUGGAGAUUUGGAAGUUGUCUGUGGCAAAGACUUGACUGAUUAAGAGAGAGCCGGUCCAUUUAAAAACGUUUCCUGCAAUAAGCAGUUACCAAGAAGGGAAUGCAAGCAAGCUGAUCAUUGGACAGCAGAUUACCAACCAACAGGCAAUUUUUAACGAAUCCCUAUCGUCGAUCUUGGGUAUAUCUCAACGGUUUACACAAUAUGUUGUGUAUGUGUAUGUAUGUGUCAUUCUAUAUUUGUAUUUCUUGGGAGACCAGCAUUCCAGUAGGCUUAAAUAAUUUACCUUUCACAGUGAGCAUCAUUUUUUUUACUGCAUCAGCGCUGGCGUUCAAAUUUGACACCCAAUACCUUUAAGUUGUUUGACGCAACACCAAUAUAGACGCGACCCUUUUAUUUUAAAUUACUCGAUCAGGGACUUUGACGUUUUUCCGGCCUUUUCAGUCUAUUUCCUCUUUCAGUAAUCAUGAGACCCGAAGGACAGAUAAAAUUUUCACUUCCAGUGAUACUUUCGUCUAUUAGAGUUUUCUUAAAACAAAUCCCAUACGUUACGCGGAAGUCGUUUACAUGAAGUGUGGAAACGCAAAUGAUCCGAAAAUGUUCAAAAAUUUGACACUUUCCAUUACACGGUUUUAUAAUAUCUCUUUAUAGACGUGGAUGAGAAAGCGACUGGACUGGACAGAAUCAAAUCCCGUGAGCAGGCCACCUAUCCCGGUCAACAAGACAGCCUAG